AUGCUUCGGGCAACCUGUAUUAUUCUGUCCCGAUUAUCACCUUCCAGUUCAUCUCGUCGGUGUUACUGUAUCAGAAGAUGUUUCCUUCAUGCUACGAAUUCAUUGCGCUUUGCUUCUAUUGACAAUGAUAAAAAAGAGAAAGUAAAAAGUGACGAUUUGAAAGUGGAUAUGGCAGACUUAGAAGAGGCUUUGAAACGAGAUGAAAUGCCAACAGAUUACAAAGAAAACAUUCGAAAGUUAAAGGAGCAGAAGAAAGGGAUUCGAGAAAUUUUCACAGGAAAGCUGGCUAUGGUUAUUGUUGGUGUUAGUAUUAUCCUAGCUAUCAUUUUGUCAGGUUUGCGCGAAAAGAAAAUGAGAGAACUGGAAAAGGAAAGGAAACAAACAAUUGGUAAGGCUCGAAUUGGUGGUCCGUGGGAAUUGCUCGACAUGGAUGGUAAAUUAGGUGGAUCCGAACAACUUAAAGGAAAUUGGCUUCUGUUGUAUUUUGGUUUCACACACUGCCCUGAUGUCUGCCCUGAUUCCAUUGAAAAAAUGGUUGAGGUUGUGGAAAUUCUUGAAAAAAGUGAAGAAAAAAUCAAAGUAAUCCCAAUUUUUAUAUCCGUAGAUCCAGAACGUGAUACCGUUAAAAGAGUGAAAGAAUACUGCGCAGAAUUUUCUCCCAAAAUAAAAGGCUAUACAGGUUCAAAGGAGCAGGUUGCUAAAGUAGCAAAGGCAUUUCGCGUCUAUUAUAGUCAAGGACCUAAAGCAGAUGGAAAUGAUUAUAUUGUUGAUCACACUGUAAUAAUGUAUCUAAUGGAUCCAGAUGGCGAUUUUCAUGAUUAUUAUGGUCAGAAUCGUUCUGCACAAGAGAUAGCAAGAGUUAUUAAACUGAAAGUUUUCAAGCGUGAUAUGAUGCAAAAUAAGAAAAAACUGUGGUUCUAUUGA